CCCAAACUAGCCAGCCACGGAGCUUCAAAUCAUCAUCCUACUUUUCCUGCUCCUCCACUCAUCCAUCCACUCAUCCCCAGUGAACACAGCGGAGAUCUAAAUUUUCAACCCACUUCAAUCUUUUAAUAUCCACCCGCCAGGAGUACGACUAUCAAGGGAUUAGGGAUUCGGGAUUCAUCUCCAUUUCCACCAACAAACAAUUCCUUUGGUCGAGCACCUGCCCUCAAAGGGCGCUGGACGUUUGGAUACCAGCAAAGGUGGGAAGACAAAACAUCAAUACGGUAGAUAAACAAUUCAGUUCAAUUGAAAUGAAUUGAUCGAAUUGAUAUCAAGUCGACAAACUCAAUUCACGCUUGCUCUUAAAUUGAGCACCGAGCACACCUAGCACCACAAAUUCGAAACCACGAAAUCGCCAUUGCGACCACGAUUGCACUGAUUCACUCAUACAUACUAGGAAUAACGGUUCGACCAACGCGAAACAAAACAAAACAAAUUACGGUUGCAGUUCCUGUUGCGGAUACUAUUUCAAUACAACAACAGUAAUAAAAUACACAAAGUAACGAGUUCUUUUUACGAUAUGAAUUUACGACAUUGCCCUUCUAGCGGUUGAACCUAUUGUCAUAAUCCGACUCAUAUUUCGAUCGUAUCUGAGAAGGAACAUAUUUUCGCGAAUAUUCCAGCCUCCGCUUCUCUGCGACACACAAAUUGUGAUCCGAAAUGGAUCAAUUGGUAUUAAAACCUCGGAAACCUGUGGAGGACGACGUGGAGAAUUGGGAUGAUGACGAUCUUGACAUUGGGGGCGAGGAUUUUACAUUUCGGAGUGCUUCAGCAGCAACGACUGCGACAAUGGUCUCGACACGCAGAGAAUCUGUUUCUUCACGUCUAUCCAUAAGAUCGGACUUCAAUGAGGAACGACAAGUACACUUGCCGGAGGAUGAUGAACGAGCCACGAACGAUGCGAUCGCGACGGCAAAAAUGGCCGGCAUACCUUUGCCGGAGAACGUACCUUCCUCAGCGUUACUGGGAGGAACAAUAAAGAGACUUGGUGGAAGAAAAUUAAGAAAAGUUAUUUCAGAUGAUUGGGAUGACGGGGAUAUCCAAGUGCCGCUUGGAGAAGCCCUGAAGAUCAAGCGACAAGAUGGAUCCAAAUUUCCGGAGACGCUCCGUCAAGUGAGCGGCCCAGGAUCCCUGAGCCCACAGAAAACAUUGAUGGCUGCUCCGGUAUUCCAUACUAAUCACAGGCCUGAAUUGAAAACAAAGACUGCAUCAUCAAACAUGCUUGAUCGCUAUCGAGAUGAAGACGAUGACUUCCUUGCGGAUGGCGAGGCGACCAUAAAAGUUUCGAAGAAACGCAACGCCGUGUCUAUCAUGCCAUCAGUCACAUCACCAACGCCAGAGAAACGUACAGAAACUGAAGAAGAUUUCGAACAAGAUUUGCAGCUCCCUUCAGAUGGAGCUUUGAAGCUCACUACUCGUAAAGAUAUCCCGAAGACCCCUCAGAGUAGCCAGGAUGAUUUUGACGAUUGGGGUGAAGGUAGUUUAGGUACUCGAUUUGGUGGAACGAAAAGAGAUGGUCGAUCCAACAGGAACUCCGAUUCAUUUGCUAUGAGUCCCAGCAUUGCUAGUUCCAUGACUGCUGAAAGCGAAGAUGAAGGCCUUGAAGGUUUAGUGUUACCAAGUGGCCCUCUUAAUUUCGAUGAUAUUCUCAAGAAGCGUCAACAGAACGAUUGGCCUGAACGUCAAGUAGAGGUAAAGCAACCAAGAAGAAGUUUGGGUGGAAAGGAUGACUUCUUGACUGGGCUUGAGCUCGGCGAUGGGGACGUAUUCGAUUCGAAAAAGCUCACAUUUAAUCGUAACAUAAAGAUCAAAGCCACUAAACAACAAAGCCCAACUAGACCCAAGCCAUCUGUUUCAUUAACCUUUACGAACAAACCUGCGCCGCCUUCUACCUCCCGACUCCCUAGGCCACUUGGGCAUGAACGUAUUCCAUCAUCUCUUGAACCUGUCUCGGAGAGUGGCGGUCCAAUACCAAGUCGAAAUCGUAGGUCGCAAUCUAGAAUGGGUCAUUCGACUCAUUCUUCAAUCAAUGGUAUUGGAAUAUCGAACGCGACAUCUUCCAAUCACCCAAUACCUCCAUCAACUCCCAGGCGUCGUGAACUAGGCUCAAAAUCGUCCGCCUCGAACUUACGCAAUGAACCCACCACGACCAGUUCACAGCUCUUGAAGCUUAAGCGAUCAAUGCCAACCAUGAAAACUUAUCAGCCAUCGCCAGCUAAGCCAAUGCCCACACGGUACGAGAGACCACCGUCUCAAACCGAGAGUAGCAAUAGGCCACUGUCAAUGUCUCGGUCCAAGGAUUCUAUCGAAAGAGAUCGAUCGGGGGCUGAGUCCAGCAUGUCCUUUGUCAGGAAGAAUCCUGUUCCAUUUUUACCUGCUGGUGCUCCAAUUUCUCAAUCACACCAUGUUGCUGCCAAAUCAUCCCGGCAUCUUCGCCGUAACGAUUCUGAAUCCUCAAGUAACAGUGCUGAUUGUCGUCCUCCAUCAAGAACAUUUUCCAGGCAAACAAUGCGGUCGCCAAGUCCGCGCAGAGCUCUUAGGGGUGCUGACAUGCUUGCUCGUGAAGCCACCUUGAAGCGGCAAAUCACAAAGCCUAUUCGACGGAGACAUUUUGGUGAUGGUUGUGAACUUGACGCUUUUGAUGAUUUACCUACGUCGCGAGAUGUGGAGCAAAAGUUUGUCAAAGAACCAAUUGGCCGUGGUCCACCGAGGCAGCUUACACUUCGCAACAAAGCUCAUCAACACAUUAUGCCCACACGAACUGCAUCGCCUAUACCUUUGACACCAUUGACACCAGCGAAAAGUAGGAGUGAACUACCACGCUUUGCUCGCGAUACCGCUGCAAGUCGUAUGGCUCGAGAAGCGACGUCAUCCAAUCGCUCGGUCUCUGGGUCUGGAGCUCCUCUAGCUGCGCUUACAAAUCAAUGGAGGGCUAAGGUUGCAGCAACCACCGGACUUAGUCCUGUUCAUGCACAAGGUUCCGUUAGAUCGAAAAAGCAUAAGGUGCCUCAAAAACCACAACUUAUUAAGCCAUUGGGAAAUGUCAAUAACCCUAGAUGUGUGUAUUACCUCAAUUCUUUUUCCUGCCCACCGCUAACCUUUUUCUGUAGCUGUGAAAGGGAUGAAAUAUGACCCCGUUAAUUAUCGAUGGGAAGGCAAUGAGAUUGAAGUAUCUGCCUUUGACAUGCCGGUUUCUGCUACCUCGACAGCUUCGAUACCUGUCCAAACACCACGAGUAGCAUCAUCACAAGUAUAUCGAGAGAAGGAAUGCUCAACACCUCGUCCUGCGCUUAUAACCAACAUCAAUUCUGCUCAAAAUGUCCAAGUUGUUGGUGGCAUGGUGUUUGAUCCACAGCGUAUGUGCUGGCUUAAGAUGCCUGGUGACAGCAAAAGAACAAAGAGCGAUUCUGGCGAUACUAUGGAUGGUUUUGAUGCACUUGAUGAGGAGGAGGAUGUUUUCAAGGAUGUUCCUGAUCUCGAAGAAGGUCCCUCGAAAGAAUCGGAUGAAAUUUCUGGUUCAAAGGGUGAAGGUGUCAGUGGUCUUAGCGACUGGCUUGUUGGCGAAGAGUUUGAUGUGGGCCCCGAGUUCGUCAAGCGACAGAGAGAAGAGGAAGAGCGCUGGAGAAGGAAAUGUGAAAAAUGGACUGGGGCUGCACGCGACACUGAGGGAAACUCCUGGAGAUGGAGUAUCAGAGACGUAGUCAACGAAUUAUGAGUAUAUGGCGGAACAGGUCGGGCAUGAGGGCAUGCAUUGUACAUUCUUUGGGAUGGAACCUUAUCGGAUAGAAAAAGAUAGGAAACAUGAUGAGGGGGUCGGAUGGAUCUUGGUUUGUACUAUGAGAUGAUGGUUGGUGGGUUUUAACGACACUAUUUGCAUAAUGCUUUUCUCUAUUUUUGAAUUUUUGGGCGAUACAACAUUAGGCGUAUAUUUGGGCAAAAGAAUAUCCUUGGCUGGGACGGGAAGGUUUUUUAUUUGUGUGGAUGGAUUGGGAUGCCAUACCCUUACGACGAGACAAUGAAAGGAACGAACAAAAGCUUAAUAGAGCUACGAAGGUUAUGACUGUUAUGAUCGGGUUUUAUACUUGACUAUGUAUUUUCUUGUAUUUUAGUCCUAUCAUUCGGUUUUUAGGGUUUCCUUCUACAAGGUUCGGAGGAAAAAUAAUAUUAUGGAUAUGGAUAUUGUUAUUUUUAUUUGGGUUGGAGAUUGGAGAUGGGAGAUUUAUAUAUCACGAAUUGAAAGGAGUUUUAGUUUUCUUUUUAUAUAUAUGCUGAGUGCUUUGCAGACUUUCUUGAAUACAG